UUAUCCAUUUCUUUUCCCGUUCCUGUGGUGAGUAGGAUCUGAAGAGUGUGGUUAGAUGCCUAGAUCAUACAGUUCAUAGUUCACUAGUUUUCCAUUUUGUAUCCUGCUACAAAAUAAUCAGUUAUCUUGCACAUUGAAUCAGUUGUUUGAUGGAACAGGGUACUUGAAAGUUACUGAUGGUGGGCACUGUUUUCUCAACUCAAAUCAAUUAGUUACUGUUUUUCCUGAUAUGCUUUAAUGCCUAGAUAUCGGCAGAGCUAUUGGAGGCUAGCCUUUUCUGGUUGAUCGUAAAGUAAAUGAGUAAUUGCAUAUUCGAGGAAGCUGAUAUAUGACAUGGUUGAUAUUUUUAUGUUUGUGACUCUUUCCAUCUUCAGUGUUGCUAUUGACAAAGUAUGUCCCAGCCCCAGGUAUACUUGUAAUUUUUUUCCCCAACAGACUUAGCAUUGGUUCCUUAAGGCUUUGCUCAGUUAAUCCCUCUUAGAAGGGGAUUGAAGGGGAAUUAGAGGGGAUUUGUUCCACACCUAUUGAGGUGUGGAAUUAAUCCCCUCCAAUCCCUUCCUCUUCGGUAUUAACCGAACAAGCCCUAGAAAAACAAUUUGCACCUGUACAUGUAUGCCAGAAGAAAUCACUUGGUUGAGUUCUUGCCUACUGAAAGCUGAUGUCAUGAAAUUCAGUGCUAUGACAUCCUAAAUUGCCUGUAUCUUGUAUGACAAUUUUCACCACUGGAGUCACUGAUCGUGAUUAUUUUUCUACAUAUUACUGUAGCAAAAUAUACACCACCAUGUGCUCAAAGUCAUUAUUCUGGUCCAUACGAUGAGUUACAGCUCACAGCAAUCACAUGAAGUUAGGGGGGCUCCUCAAAUGGUUUGGUACUUUGGUUAGCAGUUAGCUAUAGUUCACAGCUGAUGACGAAAUGGCUACAUAGGUGGGUAGCAAAGGCAGCAUAAAUGUGUAGCCUUGUGGGAAAUGAAAGCAGCAAAAGCUUUAAAAAUACUAGUUAAAAUGCAACUUCAUUCCAGAGAAAAUCACAUCUGAGUUUCCUGUAGCAUCAUGUGCGACCAAAUUGCUGCUGUGCUAAUAAAAUAGUACAUAUUUUUUAUACUUAAUUUGUAAAUUCGAUCAACAACUAAACUGUAGAUGCACCACGUUGCAGCAAUGCAUAUAUGUGGAUUUUUGGGUGCAAGUCUACUGUAGCACGGAUUGAGGCCUUGCUUUCUAAGCACACUAAAUUAAGCCAAAUCAUCAUCACCACCACACAAAAUUCAUGAAAGACACAUUUUUUUCGAGAAACUGAGGAAGUGAGGAGCUGACCUAUAAAUAUGCAAGCACAGACACCAAUUGCAGUUGCAACAGAGCUGUCACCACCCUUUCAUCUGACGCUUGUGCACAGGAGUUUUGCAGCUCACUGGACAUGUGCAAGCACUAGAAAUUUAUAAGUGUUCAUUUUAUACAGGAUUCCAUCUAUCUGGUGCAAGUCUGCAGUAACUAGCAAAUGGGGAGGCAGCCGUGCUGUGACAAGAAGAAGGUGAAGAGGGGGCCAUGGACGGCAGAGGAGGACAAGAAGCUCAUCAGUUUCAUCCUGACACAUGGCCGCUGCUGCUGGCGAGCAGUGCCUAAGUUGGCAGGGCUGCUGCGCUGUGGCAAGAGCUGCCGGUUGCGGUGGACCAACUAUCUCCGCCCUGACCUCAAGCGUGGCCUCCUCACCGCAGACGAGGAGCAGCUUGUUGUGGACCUCCAUGCCAAGCUUGGUAACAGAUGGUCCAAGAUCGCCGCCAAAUUACCAGGGAGAACAGACAACGAGAUCAAGAACCAUUGGAACACGCACAUCAAGAAGAAGCUCAUCAAGAUGGGCAUCGACCCAGCCACACAUCAGCCUCUGCCCAACACCAAGGUGGUUAGCCAAACAAGAACCUCCACGCUGUCCACUGCCACAACCGAAUCAGCCAAGUCAAAUGGUAUGGCAUAUCCGUUCGAUCCCGAGGGAGGCUGCAGCAGGGACAUGUCAGUGCCCACAGACUCGAUGGAGCAGUCAAGCAGGAACACCAGCAGUCAUGGCCUGGACCCAUUGGUGAACUGGCUGUUGGAGGCAGAGCUUCCAGCUGACGAGCCAUGGCUAAAUUUUACUAGCAGCAAUGAAGAUGACUUCAGUGGCAUCGUUAAGCAGUCAGCAUGGGAUGGAAGCACAACAGACUGGCUGCUUGACUACCAAGACUUCAGCAUGGACGAUUCGAGCUUGAUUGAUGGUGCAAGGGUUCAGAAUUCAGAUGGAUUGAACUUUUAGACUGAAGGGGCAUACAAAUUGUGCAUGGCUGGUAGGUGCAGAAGAUUGUGAAAAGAGAGCAAGGUGCACUGUGUCCCAAGCUGUGGAUGAUAACAAGACCAGUUCUCCCAGGUGCCUUGACAGACACAAGCACAAGAUAUAUUCAGAACAUAGAAUAGUGAUGUUCCACCCUUAAAACCAAGGGCUUUGUGUUUAUAGAACCUAUAUUUCUCAUAGAUGAAAGGUUGUAGAACUAGAAACCCUUAUAGACACGUUUGCAUGUAUACAUGCUUCUGUUCAGAAAUAUGAGAGGUCAUCUCCAUUCUCCAGGUGACGUGGCACUCUGAUAUCCAAAUAGAUGGCAGUGUAAACUACUUUUUUUUUUCUCUUGAUAAGGCAUUUUCCUAUGGAGAAUCUCUCCACCGGUUAGUAGCAGUAGCUCACAAGAACUACUAGCCAUUCACCACCAUACAUGUAUAUGAAUAAACGUUGUUUGCUUGAUACUUUUUGGGGGGUUCUGUUA